AUGGCUACCGUCGUCAGUGAGAAGCCGAACUCGCCAUUGGAGCUCGAGGAGCAGCCCAAGGGCGGGCCUGUAUACGAUGUCGGCGAAAAGUCCGACUUCGACAGAGCGGGCGCCUUGAAUGCUGAAGAUAUCGAGCACAAAAUGAGUGUGCUCCAAGCUGUCAAGGCUUAUCCCGCUGCCAGUUGGUGGGCGUUCGUCAUGUCAUGUACCAUUAUCAUGGAGUCAUACUGCGUUUUCCUGAUGGGACAAUUCAUAGCCACAUACCAAUUUGCUAAGGAUUUUGGGGUAAUCAGCAAUGUUACCAAUCAACCUAUCAUUGUAGCUUCGUGGCAGUCAGCAUUUCAGUGCAGCGGUCCCGUCGGUGCUUUCAUCGGUGUGUUCAUCGCAGGUCCCAUUACCAGUCGGAUUGGUUAUCGAUGGGCAACCAUUGGCGGCCUCAUGUUUUUGAACGCUUUCAUUUUCAUCUUCUAUUUCGGCAACAGCCAGGGCAUGUUUUUCGCGGCCCAGAUCCUAGAAGGUAUCCCUUGGGGUAUUUUCAUCGCCAAUGCACCCGCCUACUGUGCCGAGAUUGUGCCAUUGAGAUUGAGAGCUCCAGCGACCCAGAUGUUGCAGAUGUUCUGGGCUAUUGGCUCGAUCAUUGUCGGCGGKAUCACUUACCACUACCAGUCCAAGCUGGACUCCUCAGCAUACAGAGUUCCCAUUGCACUUCAGUGGAUGUUCCCAACCCCUCUCGCUAUUCUACUCUUCUUGGCGCCUGAAUCACCCUGGUGGCUCGUACGAAAGGGUCGUCUCGCUGAGGCCGAGAAGGCUGUCAAGCGUCUUGGACGCGCGAGCUCCAAUGAUAACCCUGCUGACGCAGUCGCCAUGAUGCGCCGAACGAUCGAGCUUGAGGCGACUGAGAAGAAGCCCAGUCUCGUUGAAUUGUGGAAGGGUACCGAUCUUUACCGCACAUUGAUUGUGUGCGGUGUAUACGCAUCCCAGAAUUUAACUGGUAACCUGAUUGCUAACCAGGCUGUUUUCUUUUUCAAACAGGCCGGCAUGGCUGACAACACCGCAUUUGCACUUGGUCUCAUUACUUCUGCCCUCCAGUGGAUCAUGGUCAUGGUCUCUUGGGUCCUCACCACAUACCUCGGCCGACGCACCAUUUAUGUCUAUGGUCAAUUCAUCAACUGUGCAUUCUUGGUCGCGCUCGGUAUUGCGGCUUCGGUUGGCACGAGCAUUGCGGCUAGCAAUGCGCAAGCGUCACUCGGCUUGAUCGUCUCCGUCCUGUUCUGUUUGGGMCCCGCCCCUGCCUCAUGGGUCAUCAUCGGCGAGACACCUUCCGUUCGUCUCAGACCCCUGACAACUGGUAUCGGACGAGGUGCUUACUACUUGGUCAACAUUCCUUGCAUCUUCCUUUCCAGCUACAUGCUCAACUCUGACAAGUGGAACCUGGGCGGCAAGAGUGGCUAUAUCUGGGCUGGCACCGCCCUUUUCUGCUCUGUUAUGUCUUGGCUCUUCAUUCCUGAGAUGAAGCACAGAUCCUUCCGUGAGAUUGACAUCUUGUUCAAGCGACAUGUCCCGGCUCGCAAAUGGAAGGAAACAGUCGUUGAACUCAACGACGAUGAGUAA